GUCAUUCAGGUUAGUUUGUUUGGUUUGUCCGUUUGGCAUUUGGUUUGUAACUUGUACUCUUCUCAAAAUCAGUGAAAUUUGUUCUCCCUUGCCCGUGGAUUAGCUAGCAUACAUUGUGUUAGUGAACCACGUUAAAUUUGUGUUCGUUCGUAUUGGUUUGGAUUAUCGAUUGCACGCUUCUGUUCUGACAGUCUUCCCCAGUGGCCUCGCACUUCGUUUGCGCCAUUGACUACAGAUUGGAAUUACCAAAGAAUCGAUAUAUGCAUAGGGACUUGUCGUUUUGACGAAGAGGAGACGAAUGGGAUGACGACGAAAGAGACAUAGCAUGAUUUUACGUCUCCAUUUAGUCUGCCCAUUUAAUGAAAUUACAAUUACAAGAGGACAGAUACGAUGCUUCGUCUAUAUGGAGAUUCACAUUAUUGUACAUGCUAAUUGCUAACAAUUAUAUGAGCUAUGACAUCAGUGUAUUGUCAUUUUUGCACCUCUUUCCAUCAGUAUUGCAAUAAUCCGUGUCUGGAAAAAGAGAGUCGCUAAAUGUCGCCCUUAAAAUUGUUAAAUGUCGCCCUAAAAAACAUCAAAGUUACAAAUUUAACCUUUUAGCUACUUUACUCUUCCUUUAGCAAACAAACACCUCUUAGUAAAGAAAAUAAAACAUUAUUCAAAAGAGAGAAUCCAUCAUCGUCAUUCCGGAGUUGGAAUCGUCGAUAUGAUGUCUGGAUCAUGACUAGAGACUCUGAAUCGGUAAAGUUCACUCAAAAAAUUAAAAAAAAAAAAAAAGGGAACCGUAGCUCCUCUGCUGUUCCACCAUGGGCCAACCGCAACUCACUUGCGGUUCCCUUGUACGGUUGAUGUGGUAUUUGGAUUAUCUCAUAAUAACCCUUUGAUAUAUUAAUAAUUAAUGGUUGAAAUAAGUAUUCGGAAAGAAGCAAAAAUGAGAUUACGAAGAGACAUGCAUGCAUGGCUCCUCGUUGCCCAUCACCCUCUUGUUUAAUUUGCUUGGAAAGGAAAAUGUAUCCAUAAAGACAAAUUCGAAGAAAUGGAAAAGAUGAGAAUAAACGGUGAAUCAGUUGAUUCAGUUCCCUCUAAACAAGAGAAGAGAAUAAUUAGUUUUCCAAGUUUGGAAUUUGUAGAAUGAUUAGAAGUAGAACUUCUUUGCUUUGACUCCACUACAGGUAUAUUGCCAUAGCUACUGUGAUUCCAUCGGCAGGCUUGCUUAUAAUUAAGCACAUCUCCAACUCCAACCCCACAAAUUUCAUGCGUACGAUUCCACCGACAACAAAAAUGGCUGUUUUCCACAUGUCAUCGGACGGGUAUUUCGUCCGUACAUGGCCCGCUUCUUCGUCCGCCGACGUUUACGUGCACGACUACACCGGCGACAUAUACGACCCCGACCUUAUCCGAUACAAGGACAGCGGCCGCUGGCGCGGCGGCCGGAUAAAAAUCGGGCCCUCCGGUGACGCACAAUUCAGAGCGCUCGAGGUUCACGGGGUCGUAAUCGAGGGCAACCAAUUGACCCAGCUGUUCAACGACCUGAGCCUCACUUCAUCGGACGGCGGCCAGAAGUUCUGUCUCGUGGCUAAUAGGAACGGACUCUGUUUCCUCUACGUCAACAGCCCGUCGGUAAUGCGGCUGCGGGUCAACGACUACUUCGGGUGGGCCAAGUACGGCGUCAAACCUCCAAUCAGCACGUCGACGAUCUGGAACAAGUGCGACUUGAGCAACGGGGACACGUUGGUGGAUAUAGUCCAACUGUUGAAGAACAAGGAGAAGGAGAUGCAGGAGAUGGUGAAGGAGAAGAUCAAGCAGCUGGACGAGAAGGAGAAGGAAGUGUCUGUUAUGAGGAAGCUGGUGGAGAGGAACAAGGAAGUGGAAUCUCUGUGGCAGAAAUCCAUGCAAGAGAAGGAAAAGCAGUUGGCCAUGUGGGAGAAAUCCGUGCAAGACAAGGAUAAGCAGCUGGCUGUGUUAAUGGAGAGAAACAAAGAAGUGGAAUCCAUGUUGGAGAGUCAUCGCAAGAGAAGGAAAAGCAGUUGGAUAAGCUCAUGGAUGCCAUGCAAGCCUUGAUUUACGAGGGUUAAUUAUUCAAAUUAUCACAUUAAUUAUGAGCAAUGUGUAUACAUAUAUCUAUCUCUUGGGAAGGGAAUAGAGCCGCAGACUGGCUCUCGAAACACAGUCUCGUAUAUCCCUACGGUAUGCAUGAACUUGCGGAACCUCCGGUCGGCUUAGUGUCUAUCUUACAAGAUGAUAUGAUAGGAACCACUAUGGAGAGACGCAUUGUAGCUCCUACCUCUCUCUCUCUGUAAUCCCAGCUGUAACUUCUUCCUUCUCGGCCUCGGCCUCCUUCCAAUGCUAAAAAAAAAAAUCUAUCUCUUGGGAGUUGGGGUUUCGAUUAAUUGGCUAUCAAUUGGAAUGUCAUCGUGUUGGAAGUCGCAUUAGUCCAAUUCAUCUAAACGUACAACCGCCUUCUUAUUAAUUAGUUGCAAAUCCUAUUAUCGUCCUGAACGGAAAAAAUCGUCUUGCAGAAGCUAAAUCGAUAGGUGAGUUUAAUAAUAUGAAAUUAUUGAA